AUGAAUCGGUUUACUCCAUCGAAAUCAAACAAAGCAUUCGUGCGUAUUCAAGGUAUUUUUGAUCGUACGUUUAAUCCAACGAGUUCUCAACAGGAGAUCCGGUAUAUUGUUCUUGAUGGCAGCAACGACGAUGCUGCUGCGAAUGGAAACAGUUUACAAGGUAGUACAACACAAGCUCAAGGAACUUCAGUAUCUCCUGGUGCUUCGCAUGGUAUUGAUCAGAUGGUUACCAAUAGUUUAUCUGCGACAUAUACUGAUACAGGUGAUAAUAUGAAUGCAGAUGGUAUAAGUUCUAAUGAAAUUGGCAAUGAUACGAGUAGCUGCUUAAUUCGACUUAUAAUAUAA